ACGGGAGUUCUCGGUUUACGACAGAGUGCGUCCGUGCGCGUGGUGGGAACGGUAGCAAGAUGGCGGCGCUGAAGGAGGAGCAGUGCUACGGGCUGUCCUGUGGAAGAGUGAGCAACGGUAGCAAUGUCUCCGUCUUUCACGUUAAACUCACUGACAGCGCACUGAAGGCGUUCGAAGGCUACCAGAGCAGCAAGGUCCUGUCAUCACAACCAUUGAUCAGAUUUAAUGGAAACCAAGGGAAAAUUUCAAUACCACGGUCAGAAAAUUCCAGUGAACUGCAAACGUUUACUUUCUACCUGUCAAAUGUGGGCAGAGAUAACCCCCAGGGCAGCUUUGACUGCAUCCAGCAGUACAUCACAAGUGAAGGGAGCAUUCAGCUGGAUUGUUUGGGUGGAAUCCAAGACAAGAUUACAGUAUGUGCCACUGACGACUCCUACCAGAAGGCCAGGGAAAGUAUGGCCCAGGUUGAGGAGGAGACUCGCAGUAGGAGUGCCAUUGUCAUCAAGCCUGGGGGAAGAUAUGUAGGUAAGAAGGUUCAGAUCCGGAAACCGGCACCUGGCCUCUCAGACGUUGCCCCGUUACGGAGGACAUCUCGGCCUGUCAUCAUAUCUAGCAGCACGCUAAAGAAGGGCACAGCUCAGCACAGGCCGCUCCGAGAGCGUCUCAUACACCUGUUGGCCCUCAAGCCUUACAAGAAGCCUGAGCUGAUCCUGAGGUUGCAGAAAGAUGGCCUCUUGCCGUUAGACAAGGACUCCCUGGAUAGCCACCUGCAACAGGUGGCGAACCUGAACGGGAGAGAAAACAUCUUCACAUUGAAGGACUUUUUGUAUAAGGAAAUUCAGAAGGACUGGCCAGGCUACACAGAAGGAGACCAGCAGCUUCUCAAGAGAAUCCUGUUUAGGAAACAGGGCCAGGCCCAGAACAGCUCUGCACCGCCUCUGGAGAGCCCGCCCAAAGAGCUGGCCAGCAGCUCACCAUCUCAGAAACGUCCUGCUGCUGACUUCAUCGACCCUCUCCUCAACAAAAAACCCAGGAUAUCUCACCUCGCCAGCAAGGCUGCAACAGCCCCAGUUAAUGGCAAUCUCAGUUCCUCCAACGGAAGAGGAGAAGCAGGUGGCGGCACGCAGGCAGCCGUGGCGGUUUCGGUGUCGGACGGCGCCAUGACGUCCAGCUCCCAGCAGCUGCCUGUGCUGGACAUCCCUCGUCCCUUUGAAGCACUGUCGGACGUAAGCAACGACUCCAGCCACAACGGGAGAGAUUGUGACUCUCAGGAAACGGCGGUGUCCGAGAGGCUCAGCCAGCCUCCUUCGCUAUCCUCGGGGGCAACGACGCUCACCGCGCCCAGCAUCGGCACAUCAUCGCCUGCGGACACAGGCCUGGAUGGUCCUCGGGAGAAGAGUCCUUCAACCUUCAACAACAAGUCCAGGAAGAAGUCAAAAAAGCAUAAAGACAAGGAGAAGAGUAAAGACAAGGAGAGGGUGAGAGAAAAGGAGAAGGAAAGGAAGAAUCGUGAGGAGCGUGUGCCUGAGCCUAAUAGAGCCUGUGAGAUGAGCCCAGGAAACCUCAAAAGCAACAGUAUUCCACACAAAAGCACAGAUCUGAAUGGGAUGUGCAACAGUACCAGUAUUCCUUCGUCAUCACCUGAGGUGGCAGACUAUUUAUUGAAGUACACAGUGAUCGGCUCUCCAGAGCAGCGUCAGAGGUAUAAAAACGAUUUCAAUGCCGAGUACAGUGAGUACCGGGGUCUGCAUGCUCGGAUAGAGGGCAUCACUCGGCAGUUCACUGUGCUUGACAAUGAGCUCAAACAGCUCCAACACGGCACAGACAAGUACAAGACAAUCCACAAUCAGAUACUUCAAGAGUAUCGUAAAAUAAAAAAGACUAAUCCAAACUAUAGCCAGGAGAAGAACCGCUGUGAAUAUCUACACAACAAACUGGCACAUAUAAAGAGACUUAUUGCAGAGUACGAUCAACAGCAACUUUAAAAGUAGUUACUAGACAUUGUUUCCCUGUUAUCUCUGGAAACCAAGCAGAUAAAGGAAAACUCUGGAUUCUCAUGAAAGAUGCCAUGAAGGGAGUAUUCCCCUCAUUGGGGCCAAAGGCUCUAGUGAGGACUUAAUAGGACCCACAAUCUUUUACUCUCUCUUUCUUCUUCUAUUUUUUUUUCCCGUUUCUUUUUGGACGAUGUGGUUGUGCCUGGAGUGGCCAGGUCGGCCUGUGUAGUUACAAUGCAUCCAAUGAAAUCUCAACAGCCCACCCCGCUUAUUGUGCACAGAGGUCUGAAAGAGUCAAAGAUGGACAUUUUCCCACUUUCUCUGGAGAUAUCCAAAUAAUCUUUCCUGCUUUUUGAAACUGGAGUCAAGGGGAUGCUGAUAUGAAAACUGCAGAGUAUAUGCCAAAUGCAACAAAUUUGUUUUUGAGUAAAGAGAAGUUUAAGUGAAUGAUACGUCAGUUUUCCCGAGAUUGCUGAUCGAAUGGCUGUGACGUUGAAUUUAUUUCUGUUUUUGCUUUUUAUUUAUUUUUGUCACUUAACUGGGGGGAUGAGUCUGUUUUACACUCCUCAAUAUCAGUUCUUCAAAGCUGUCUCUCUUGUUUUCUGUCCUCACAUCUUGAAUGUCAGCCAGUAUUUUAUUCAGAAGCUGCCUUGCCCAUCUAAUUGUCAAUCUUUGUUUUUUGUUUUUUUUCUCUCUUUUAAAGAGAUGCAGAUAUAUUACUGUUGAUUAAAUCAAAACAAUGCAUCUAAAUGCACACAGUCAGACACAGGUCUGUGCGCUUGGCUUUUCUUUUCUAAAAUCAUGUGCAUAUGUCUUAACAGAGGGAGACGUGUGAAAGUUUCCAGUCACUCUUUAAUUCUCAUUGAACAGUCUCCUCACUCAGUCACGGUGAACUGCAGUGCUUGUUCAUCGGUUACGGCAGAGGUCCUUGUAGUUAUUAUUUAUCAUAUUAUAUCAAUGAAAAACUAGAUUUAGCUCUUAAUUGGUUGUCUUUCCAGUUUAGGAAAUGGUGGUUUUUGUAGCAAUAGAAUUUUUAAGUUAUCUGAAGAUCUCAUUGCCUGUUGUACUCUUCAUAGAGAAGAUCCUCUAAUUGUAAGAUGAUUCAGACAGAGGAUGCAGAUCUGCAGGUCUUUUCUUCUCAUCUUCAAAAUAUUUAAAACUUAGGACAUAUCAGAUCUCUGGAUCAACCUAAGUCAUAAUUGUCCCCUUUAGUUAUGUUAAAAUAUUGUUUACAGUGUCCUUUAAGAAGAUCUUUUGUUUUGUCUGCUCAUCGAUCCACGAGUCCACCGAGACGACUGUUAAGAUGAAGCCAUCCUUGAUCAUCUUCCAGGUGGGGGCCUGUCGGAGAUGGAAGGCUCGCCUGCGACCAGUUUUUGCCUUUUCAAAUGUGAUGUCAGAUAUUUGCAGAGGUUGAUGUGAAAUCUAUUUCCUGGAUUAGCUCUCCUCUCUGAGAAGCAUCGAGGCAGAUGCACUCGACGUGUCCGUAGACGAAUUAGAAAUGCUGUAUAAGAACUUAACCUGACAUACGAGUGAGCCGGGUUUAGUCAGCGAAUGCAUUUCUUAUAUCGACCUUUUUAUGUGAAUAUGAAAAAUCAGCACUUUUUCUCCUGAUCUUGCUGUUACCUGGAGGUUUUGUCCAAAUGACUUUUCUCUUUGUCCAUCAGAGUGCAUGCUUUAUGAAUGUGUUACUAUGAACAGUCUUUGUAUCUUUACUUGGGGAGGGGGGAGGGACUGCCCAAGGAUAUCAAAAUCCAAGCAAAGGCUUAGUCCAGCAGAAUUAGUAUGUAAUCAAUUCGACAUGGCUCUGACCAGCAUGUAUACCAAAGUGCUUACCGAGUGGGAUGAAACAAAACGCUCUACCAAAUGUUGGCAAAGGAACAUGCUGCAGUAUUCUCUACUUCCUGUGAUCAUUUCUUUUGUAAGAAUUUAUCAUCCAGUGGAAAGUUUCUCAGUGUUCUUUUGCGAGAAGUCAGAGGAGGCUCCUUUUGCUCCAGAUGGGAUUUGCAUGAAUUGGCUCAAGUGUUUCAAUGUUUAAGUGUAAUGCCAGGUUUCGGAUGAUAUCACUCUCCUAAUGCAGUCACUACAUUAAGGCCAAAUGCGCCAAGACUCAUCACAACGAUGCUGCGGGGUCUAGACUAAGGCUGGGUCUGGGACUCUGAUGUCUGAGGGACAUAAAGGUGAAUGUCUCGUUACCAGAAUUAACACCCACAGCAUCGUCCUGUACUGCAGCCUUUAACAAAGACACUUUUCACUAUUCUUACUGUAUCUUGUUUUCUAGGAACAUUCUGACAUGAUUACUGUAUUGCGCCUCUAUUAUGGUCAACAUCCAUUGUGAUUGAGUACAACACAUUUUGCUCCGCUGGAGAGCAAACUGUUUGAAAGUAAUGAUAUGCCAGCACAGGAGUACCAUUGUAUGAGUUGAUUGUGCCAAAAUGACCUGUUGUAUAGGGUUUAUUUUCUUUUUCUCUUAGUAUGUACAUGCUGCUGUAUAAGCAAAGAGGGCUUUGGAGAAGAGUCAUGAAAUGUUGGCGCUAAAACCCAAAGCACGCUUUUUGAAAACCAUAAGGGACUGAGACUGAAAUUGACCUUUGUUUCAAUAAAAUUCUUUAAAAUA